AUGGCGUUGAAGUCGUUGAACAACAUCUGGAUUCGGCGCCAGCAGUGUCCCUGUGGUGAUUGGAAGUGCUACAUUAGAGUCGAAGGAGACGACUCAAGCUACAACCAGGUAACUAAAAGCGAGAUGGAAACAACAGCAACAACAACACCAUCAUCAUCAUCACCGUACGAUUCCGUGUUCAUGCCUUACGUCGGUCAAAUAUUCAGAACCGACGACGAGGCAUUUGAAUACUACAUCACGUUCGCUAGGAAGAGCGGUUUCUCGAUUCGCAAAGCACGCUCCACGGAAUCCCAGAAUUUAGGAGUCUAUCGGAGAGAUUUCGUUUGCUACCGUUCCGGUUUCAAUCAGCCGAGGAAGAAAGCCAAUGUGGAGCACCCUCGCGAACGCAAGUCCGUGCGAUGUGGAUGCGACGCAAAGCUGUAUCUGACUAAAGAGAUCGUUGAUGGUGCGACUCAGUGGUACGUUUCGCAAUUCAGCAAUGUUCAUAACCAUGAGCUUCUGGAAGAUGACCAAGUGAGGAUGCUCCCUGCGUAUCGGAAGAUCCAGCAAGCUGAUCAGGAUCGGAUUCUUCUGCUGUCGAAAGCUGGAUUUCCGGUGAAUCGGAUUGUGAAGUUGCUGGAGCUUGAAAAAGGUGUUCAGGCUGGGCAAUUGCCUUUUAUAGAGAAGGAUGUUAGGAACUUUGUUAGGGCUUGCAAGAAGACUGUUCAGGAGAACGAUGCUUUCCUUACUGAGAAGCGAGAGACGGACUUGCUUGAGCUUUUGGAGUCUUGUAAAGCCUUGGCUGAGAGAGAUAUGGAUUUUGCUUACGACUGUACUUCAGAUGAGAACCAGAAAGUUGAGAACCUUGCUUGGGCUUAUGGGGACUCUGUUCAGGCUUACUCUGUAUUUGGGGAUGUGGUUGUAUUCGACACCACGUAUCGGUCAAUCACUUAUGGUUUGCUUCUUGGGUUGUUUUUUGGUAUAGACAACAAUGGCAAGGCGAUUCUUUUGGGGUGUGUGCUGCUGCAGGAAGAGAGCCUUCGUUCUUUCACAUGGGCGUUACAGACCUUUGUUCGUUUCAUGAGGGGACGACAUCCUCAGACAAUCUUGACGGAUAUAGAUACAGGACUUAAAGAUGCUAUCGCGAGGGAGCUGCCAAAUACCAACCAUUUGAUAUCGAUGUGGCAUGUACUCUCGAAACUAGCGAGCUGGUUUUCUCAGACUCUUGGGUCGCACUAUGAUGAGUUUAGAGCUGGAUUUGAGAUGCUAUGCCGGGUAGGGAACGUGGAUGAGUUUGAGCAGCAGUGGAAUCUCUUUGUCACUCGGUUUGGCCUUGUUCCAGAUAGGCACGCGGCUUUGCUUUACUCGUGCAGAGUGUCAUGGUCACCUUGUUACACUAGAGAACAUUUCGUAGCUCAGACUAUGACUGCUGAGUUUAACCUCUCUAUAGAUUCUUUCUUGAAAAGAAUCGUCGCUGGACAGACGUGCAUGCAAGGAUUACUUGAAGAGGUCAGUGCCGCUGCGAGUCUAGCCAAGCAAAUCCCGCCAUAUCCGAGCAUGAAAACAUGUAUGCCUAUGGAACAUCACGCGAGAGGGGUUCUGACGCCUUAUGCCUUCAGCGUAUUGCAGAGCGAGAUGGUGUUGUCUGUUCAGUACGCGGUGGCUGAGAUGGCCAAUGGUCCAUACAUCGUACACCAUUUUAAGAAAAUGGAAGGGGAGUGUUGUGUGUACUGGAAUCCGGAAAGCGAGGAGAUUCAUUGUUCGUGCAAGGAGUUCCAGCAUUCGGGGAUAUUGUGCAGGCAUUCGCUUCGGGUGCUGGCUGUGAAGAACUGUUUUCAUAUACCGGACCAGUACUUUCUGGUACGGUGGAGACAGGAAAGUCCCAUUGUUAGUGGUGAUAAUCAAAACGGCCAGGGCAUUGGUGAUGAUGACUCUGCUCAAACGUUUCAUUCACUCACGGAAACUCUGCUAACGGAGUCUAUGGUCUCAAAUGAUCGGCUUGAUUACGCUAACCAAGAGCUUUCUGCACUUAUCGAUCGUGUGAGAAACUUCGCACCAGCUAAUGCUUGUAUCAGCCAUGACUGCUAA